CACAAGAAAAUAUGCGCACUAAGUCCACCCGACCAGCAGAGUUCCCUGUUGUCAAAACGAAUCAGUCUAGGCAUAAUAUGACUCUUGUCCAUUUCGCUUGCUGUUGUCGCCAACCGAUGUUAUGCUUUUAGGAAACACACAAUUAUCUGCUUAGAAAUUUGCCUAGAUUAUUGAUCCUGCAUGUCUAUGACUUAUUCCACCCGGGAAAAUAAAGACACCGACAACCUAUACUUUUUAAAGUUUGUGAGAGAUCAUAAUUUCAGGUAUGUUUGAAAGCGUUUAUUAAAAUGUAACAGUGCGAUUCCGGAGCCUUUCAUCAAGUUAUCUGACGUAUAGUUUCACGUCUACUUCUAAGGACACAAUAUAGCUUUACUGAAAAAUCGUGCCGUUUAUUACUUUUCAUGUUGUAUUGUAUACUGUAUGUGAUGAUAUCAAUAGUCUUCUACAGAGGAAGGCAACAGUGUGCUUGGUUUCCGGGGCGUGACUUUUGUUGGGACAGAAUCAUUUAUUUUAGACUUUUAAACGCAAUCAAAUUUGCCUUUUGAAAAUAUUUUCGCCGUAAUCAUUAUGCUAUUUCAUUUUCAUGCGUUAAAGUAACAAUCUAGGCGAUUGUUGAUAUUAUUAAGUAAUUUAUUACAAGUUAACAAUUUAAAAGUCUUAUCUUUUCAAGAUUGAUCAGUGAUGAUCAAUCUUGAAUAGUGUAAUAGCCUACUACUUUUAAAUAAUUAAAAGACACCCUACAAUAGAAUAUAGAUUAUUAAUAGAAUAAUUACGUUUUGCUGGCUCCCAAUUAGAUUCUGAUUGUAUUUGAUUAUUUCUAACAUUUCAGACAUGGUGCUCCUCAUCUUCCUCAUAAAUCGGUCCUUAUGUAGGAUACUUGAAAGGGAUUGAAGGCAAGUCAACGCCAUGGGCAACCAUGACAACUUGGAAGAUGUGUUUGUUGCUGUCGUUCGUCCAAAGAACCAUGUCAGUCUGAGCUCUAAGGAAUAUCGGGCUAAAGCCUAUGAGGUAAGACUACAGUAUCUUUCAUAAGAUACAGUAGCGAUUAGCGACCAUGCAAAACCUAGCAUCUGAAGGUUAGGAUCUCUUUGCAUAACAGCAAGGAGGUUGGACUGACAGUCUCAGGGUGCUGUGUUUGAGUCCCGGUCUGGGCUACCCCCUGGAUUUGUUACACUGGUGUCAGAAGUGGGAUACACAUUAUUUUGUAUACAUGCUUAAGUAACCCUGCGAGUAGCAGACUAUGGUUACUGCAAAGUGGCAACGCCUUUAUUAAUACAUUUAGUGUAAGGAUGCUCAGUUCUGGAAAGCUCCCUGGAAGUUCUAGUGUUUGCCAUAUUACCAUAUCAUCCACCCCAAAUCUGCUGCAAUAUCAUUUUACUUUAACGCAAAUAUUGUUUAUGGCAAAUCACAAUUAUUUAGCUUAUGGUUUGAUUUCAUAAAUGUAUUUCUAGUUCAGUUUAUCUUCACCAGUGACAUCAUGUGUAACCCUGUGAUUACCCCUCCUUUAGAUCCUGUUGAUUGAAGUUCCUUUGGAAGGAAAAGAGAAGAAACGGAAGAAAGUCUUACUGGCGACCAAAAUCCAAGCCAAUGGGGACACAGCCAGAUCCAUUUUGGAUUAUGUAGAAGAAAUUACUAAACCCAUAUCUAACAACAAGGGUUUUAUUGGUAAAUAAAUAGGUCUUUGUUGCUUUUCUGUAAUUAUGGUGGCUUUCCAGAUUUGGACUUGAAUCGUUUGUUAAUAUAAAUGUUGUAUGAAGAGUAGAAAGACAUUUCAAAUAACAAAUUGUGUCAAAGCACUAAUCCCUCUUAUGCUGUUGUUCAUCACAGGAAAGCGUGUGGUGCACAUGAAGAAAUUCCCUCUCGAUGGUGACAAUGAAGGGAAAGAGGUCUCCCUCUUUUUUGUGCCAAUCAAUGUCAAAGGUAGAACUUGACACUAACUAAAUUAUUAGAAAUGUUAUAAAUGCACAUGAAUUAUAUACAGUGGGGUCCGGAAUUAUUGGAUCCCUUAAUAAAGAUAAGCAAAAAAGACUGUAUAAAAUAAGUAAUGCAAAUACUGAGCUAUAGAAUAGUGCCUUCAGAAAGUAUUCAUACCCCUUGAUUUAUUCCACAUUUUGUUAUGUUACAGCUUCAAUUCAAAAUGGAUUAUAUGGAUAAUUUUUUCUCACCGAUCUACACACAAUACUUCAUAAUGACAGUGAAAACAUGUUUUUAGAUUUUUGUGCAAAUUUAUUGAAAAUGAAACACAGAAAUAUCUCUUUUACAUAAGUAUUCACACCUCGAGUCAAUACUUUGUAGAAGCACCUUUGCCAGGGAUUAUAGCUGUGAGUCUUUCUGUGUAAAUCACUAAGAGCUUUCCACACCUGGAUUGUGCAAUGUUUGCCCAUUAUUCUUUUCAAAAUUCUUCAAGCUCUGUCGAAUUGGUUGUUGAUCAUUGCUAGACAACCAUUUUCAGGUCUUGCCAUAGAUUUUCAAGUAGAUUUAAGUUCAAAUUGUAACUCAGCCACUCAGGAACAUUCACUGUCUUCUUGUUAAGCAACUGCAGUGUAUAUUUGUCCUUGUGUUUUAAGUUAUUGUCCUGCUGAAAGGUGAAUACAUCUCCCAGUGUCUGGUGGAAAGCAGACUGAACCAGGUUUUCCUCUAGGAUUUUGCCUGUGCUUAGCUCCAUUCCGUUUAUUUUUUUAUCCUGAAAAACUCCCCAGUCCUUAAUGAUUACAAGCAUACCCAUAACAUGAUGCAGCCACCACUAUGCUUGAAAAUAUGGAGAGUGGUACUUUGUAAUGUGUUGUAUUGUAUUUGCCCCAAACAUAACGCUUUGUAUUCAGGACAAAACAUUCAUUACUUUAGUGCCUUGUUGCAAACAGCAUAGAUCUUUUGGAAUAUUUUUAUUCUGUACAGGCUUCCUUCUUUUCACUCUGUCAAUUAGGUUAGUAGGGUUUGAAUACUCAUUCAUUCAAGAUAUUUCAGCUUUUCAUUUGUAAUUAAUUUGUAAAAAAAUUGAAAAAUAUAAUUCCACUUUGACAUUAUGGGGUAUUGUGUGUAGGCCAGUGACCAAAAAACUCAAUUUAAUCUAUUUUAAAUUCAGGCUGUAACACAACAAAAUGUGGAAAAAGUAAAGGGGUGUGAAUACUUUUUUAUUUAUUUAUUAUGACUUGUAUAAUAAUACAAUUGCUCAGAGGAAAGAUUUUGUUUAACAAGAAAUAUCUAUAUUUUAAAAGAUAGUGGUCAAAAUGAUUGUAUCCCUUGUUUUCAAUACUCCAGCACUCUCCCCUUGCGCGGAUAAUGAUACUGAGCCUUUUUCUAAAAUGUUUUAUGAGAUUGGAGAACACAUUGUGAGGGAUCGUAGGCCAUUCCUCCAUACAGAAUCUUUCUAGAUCCUUGAUAUCCUUUGUCUGCGCUUAUGGAAUGCCCUCUUCAAUUCAAAUCAAAACAGGGGAUCCAAUAAUCCUAUCUUUCUUAGAUUUGUUUUAUUUCUUGUUAGACAACUUUUUUUUAUCUGCGCAAUUGUAUUAGUUUAAAAUCAUAUAAUGUUCUAUUUUGUUGAGCAUACAAUAUAGCUCAGUAUUUGUGUUACCGGUAUUUAUUUUAUAGUCUUUUUUGCUAGUCUUUAUCAAGGGAUACAAUAAUUCCUGACCCCACUGUAAGUGUUAGUCCACUUGUGUCUGGGGUACUUUUUAAAGCAUUCCUUAGAAUAAUUCCUUAAUAAUAUAGUUUAGCUAACAAUGUUUUUUUUUAUUAUUGUGUGCUUCUUAUUGGUGUUUCUGAACAGAUAAUAGCAAGCCUAUCUACAACCCUGGGAGCCCAAGUUUUUUCUGCCUCCAGGAUAUCAUGCGUGUGUGUAGUGAGACCAGUGCUCAUUUCUCCCCAAUCACCUCAAAGAUGCUCCUGGCCUUGGACAAGUAAGUCUUUGUCUAUGAUUUCAUAUUGAAGUCAUUUAGCAGGCGCCCUGAUCCACAGUUUUUUAUGUGUAUCAGAGAGCUUAAAAGCAGGGUAUAUGGUAGCUUCACUUACUCUACGGGGGUGGUAGGUAGCCCAGAGGUUAGAGAGGUGGACCGGUAACAGGAAGGUAGUUGGUUUAAUUCCCGGGCCGGACGAUGAAAAAGGUGGGGAACUAGACUGGUUAUUGGAGGGCUGCUGGUUUCAGAUCAUUACUACUAUCCACUACUGUUGUGCCUUUGAGACUGUUGUUGUGCUGCUUCCAGCCUCUCGUGACUGUCUGUAUGUGUGGUGUCCGGGGGUUGGGAUUGGAAAUAACAUAAGAUAUUUCAAACGACUUACAGUGCAGUGAGUGACACAGUAGAUAUUUCACCUUACCAGAACGUCACCACUAAACCUUGACCUUUGAACUAGUAUCUUGUAACUGCCCUAUCCAGGUGGCUGGCAGAGAAGCACACCAUGCCUCAUGCCAUUGCAGCUCUGUUCCGGCCCGCACCGGUGGACCGAGUCAAGACCAACGUGAGUAACCCUGCUUACACCAGCGAGGGCAAACCUAGUGAUGGGGGUUUGCACAUGGGUUACACCGCCUUGGAGAUCAAGAGCAAGAUGCUGUCACUGGAUAAGGCCGACAUGUGCAUUCAAAACCCUCUCUACGGCUCAGACCUGCAGUAUACCAACCGGGUGAGAGCCCAGAUACCAUUUUUUCCAAUCCCUACCCUCUCCCGAGGGAUGGCUUACAAGACAGUUGACAUUUUUGUAUCAUCAUCAAAAUAUGUGAACAUAAACUAAAGUGUUUACGUAUCCUCUCUAUUUUUGCCAUUUCUAGGUGGACAAAGUUAUUAUCAACCCUUACUUUGGCCUUGGUGCUCCAGAUUACUCUAAAAUCCAGAUCCCUACGAGAGAAAAGUGGCAGCACGGCUCUAACAAUGUGACAGAGGAAAAGUGAGUGAGCCUCCCUAAAUUUUACUUCAAAAUGUUACUUCAUGCAUUGGCCAGACCUGGAUUCAAAUAGUAUUUGUUUUCCUUCAAAUAGUUUGAGCCUUUCUGGAGUGCCAAAUGGGCGACAUUUGCACAUUUGGGACUAUUCCAUCAGUUCCAUUGCGCCAGGCAACCUCAAUCAAGCGCAUCUAAAGUAUCUUCCAUUCCUUGGAGUUUGGGCCUUUUCAAAUGCCUCAUGACAUUAUGAAGUCCAAGUGAUUGAACGAGGCCAAUUCUCCGUCUCCUCUAUAGGGAGCGCCAGUGGGUGGAUGACUUCCCCCUCCACCGCAGUGCCUGUGAAGGCGACACAGAGCUGCUCACCAAGCUCCUGGAAAGUGGCUUCUCAGUCAAACAGCUGGACAGCGACCACUGGGCCCCCAUCCACUACGCCUGCUGGUAUGUCUCAUAUGAGGGGUGUUUUGUUCUAGCACAGCUGUACACCAAAAACUCAUCCUAGAUUGUAAACCAAGCUGUAAAAUAAAGGAAAAAUGUUACCCAAAUUCCCUAAAGAAAAUGAAAGUCCUCUAAGGACAAUAACGUUUAUAUUAGCUUUUUUUUGUGAACAGCUAACGUCAAAUAAGAGUAAAACUUCUGUGUUGUUUUGAAUAUAGGUAUGGUAAAGUGGAGGCGACUAAGCUACUGCUGGAGAAGGGAAACUGUAACCCCAACCUGCUGAAUGGCCAGCUGAGCUCCCUGCUGCACUUUGCUGCUGGAGGGGGCCACUCAGAGAUAGUACAGCUUCUGCUCCAGCAUCCUGAGAUAGACCGGGUACGACUGAGACAGAUGCACUAAAAUAGGUUUAGACCCUGGCAGGGGUCUCCGACUCCAGUCCCGAGGAGCUAUUGGGUGCAUAGGCUUUCGUCCCAGCCUUUCAGUAGAAGAUCAUGCUUAGUUGAUUAUUUGAAUCAGGUUUGUUCGCGAUGUGCUCAGUGGUUAAAUUGAGCCAGAGCUGCCCGGAGCCAAGCUUCUGCACCUUGGGUGAAAGGGAGAGCCAGGCGGAGUCAAGCUUCUGCACCUCAUGGGUCAAAAGACAAAAGUAGGAUAAAAGUAUGUUAAAUCAAGAUUAGGGUUAGUGUUGAACGUAAGGCUAGGGCAAGGGUUAAGGUUAUGGCUAAGGGGCACAGGUUAGGAGAGCAUUUUCGCUAACCAUAACCCUUUUCCUAACGUUAUACACAGUCUCCUAACCUGCUACAUUAAUUAUCCUAACCCUAUUACUGAGACUGUAAUACCAACAUGUUUCAAGCAGACCACCAUAGUCCCUGUGCCCAAGAACACUAAGAUAACCUGCCUAAAUGACUACCGACCCGUGGCACUCACGUCUGUAGCCAUAAAGUGCUUUGAAAGGCUGGUCAUGGUUCACAUCAACACCAUUAUCCCAGAAACCCUAGACCCACUCCAGUUUGCAUACUGCCCCAACAGAUCCACAGAUGAUGCAAUCUCUAUUGCACUCCACACUGCCCUUUCCCACCUGGACAAGAGGAACACCUACGUGAGAAUGCUAUUCAUUGACUACAGCUCAGCGUUAAACACCAUAGUGCCCUCAAAGCUCAUCACUAAGCUAAGGACCUUGGGUCUAAACACCUCCCUCUGCAACUGGAUCCUGGACUUCCUGACGGGCCGCCCCCAGGUGGUAAGGGUAGGUAACAACACAUCUGCCACGCUGAUCCUCAACAUGGGGGGGCCCCUCAGGGGUGCGUGCUCAGCCCCCUCCUGUACUCCCUGUUCACCCAUAACUCCAUGGCCAGGCACAACUCCAACACCAUCAUUAAGUUAGCCAACGACACAACAGUGGUAGGCCUGAUCACCGACAAUGAUGAGACAGCAUAUAUAGAGGAGGUCAGAGACCUGGCCGUGUGGUGCCAGGAUAACAACCUCUCCCUCAACGUGAUCAAGACAAAGGAGAUGAUUGUGGACUACAGGAAAAAAAGAGGACUGAGCACGCCCCCACUCUAUACCAGGCGGUGUCAGAGCAAGGCCCUAAAAAUUGUCAAAGACUCCAGCCACCCUAGUCAUAAACUGUUCUCUCUGCUACCACACAGCAAGUGGUACCGGAGCGCCAAGUCUAGGUCCAAAAGGCUUCUUAACAGCUUCUACCCCCAAGCCAUAAGACUCCUGAACAGCUAAUCAUGGCUACCCAGAAUAUUUGCAUUGCCCCCUCACCCCACCCCAACUCCCUCUUUUACGCUACUGCAACUCUGUUUAUUAUUUAUGCAUAGUCACUUUAACUCUACCCACAUGUACAGUUGAAGUCGGAAGUUUACAUACACCUUAGCCAAAUACAUUUAAACUCAGUUUUUCACAAUUCCUGACAUUUAAUCCUAGUAAAAAUUCCCUGUCUUAGGUCAGUUAGGAUCACCACUUUAUUUUAAGAAUCUGAAAUGUCAGAAUAAUAGUAGAGAGAAUGAUUUAUUUCAGCUUUUAUUUAUUUCAUCACAUUCCAAGUGGGUCAGAAGUUUACAUACACUCAAUUAGUAUUUGGUAGCAUUGCCUUUCAAUUGUUUAACUUGGGUCAAACGUUUCGGGUAGCGUUCCACAAGCUUCCCACAAUAAGUUGGGUGAAUUUUGGCCCAUUCCUCCUGACAGAGCUGGUGUAACUGAGUCAGGUUUGUAGGCCUCCUUGCUCGCACACGCUUUUUCAGUUCUGCCUACAGAUUUUCUAUAGGAUUGAGGUCAGGGCUUUGUUAUGGCCACUCCAAUACCUUGACUUUGUUGUCCUUAAGCCAUUUUGCCACAACUUUGGAAGUAUGCUUGGGGUCAUUGUCCAUUUGGAAGACCCAUUUGCGACCAAGCUUUAACUUCCUGACUGAUAUCUUAAGAUGUUGCUUCAAUAUAUCCACAUCAUUUUCCUUCCUCAUUAUGCCAUCUAUUUUGUGAAGUGCACCAGUCCCUCCUGCAGCAAAGUACCCCCACAGCAUGAUGCUGCCACCCCCGUGCUUCACGGUUGGGAUGGUGUUCUUCGGCUUGCAAGCAACCCCCUUUUUCCUCCAAACAUAACGAUGGUCAUUAUGGCCAAACAGUUCUAUUUACAUUUUUCAUUUUAGUCAUUUAGCAGACGCUCUUAUCCAGAGCGACUUACAGUUAGUGAGUGUGUACAUUUUUCAUACAGAGGACAUUUCUCCAAAAAGUACGAUCUUUGUCCCCAUGUGCAGUUGCAAACCGUAGUCUGCUUUUUAUGGCGGUUUUGGAGCAGUGGCUUCUUCCUUGCUGAGCGGCCUUUCAGGUUAUGUUGAUAUAGGACUUGUUUUACUGUUGAUAUAGAUACUUUUGUACCUGUUUCCUCCAGCAUCUUCACAAGGUCCUUUGCUGUUGUUCUGGGAUUGAUUUGCACUUUUCGCUCCAAAGUAGGUUCAUCUCUAGGAGACAGAACGCGUCUCCUGAGCGGUAUGACGGAUGCGUGGUCCCAUGGUGUUUAUACUUGUGUACUAUUGUUUGUACAGAUGAACGUGGUGCCUUCAGGCGUUUGGAAAUUGCUCCCGAGGAUGAACCAGACUUGUGGGGGUCUACAAUUUUUUUUCUGAGGUCUUGGCUGAUUUCUUUUGAUUUUCCCAUGAUGUCAAGCAAAGAGGCACUGAGUUUGAAGGUUGGCCUUGAAAUACAUCCACAGGUACACCUCCAAUUGACUCAAAUGAUGUCAAUUCGCCUAUCAGAAGCUUCUAAAGAUGUCCUAACCGACUUGCCAAAACUAGUUUUGUUAACAAAACAUUUGUGGAGUGGUUGAAAAACGAGUUUUAAUGACUCCAACCUAAGUGUAUGUAAACUUCCGACUUCAACUGUACAUAUUACCUCGACUAACCGGUGCCCCCGCACAUUGACACUGUACCGGUACCCCCUGUAUAUAGCCUCCCUACUGUUAUUUUAUUUUACUGCUGCUCUUCAAUUAUUAGCAAUGUUUUACUUAUCUAUUUUGUACUUAACACUUUUUUUAUUUUCUUAAAAACUGCAUUGUUGGUUAAGGGCUUGUAAGUAAGCAUUUCACUGUAAGGUCUACACCUGUUGUAUUCGGCGCAUGUGGCAAAUAAAAUUUGAUUUGAUUUAACCUGCUGCAUAAGUUCUCCUAACCUGCUACGAAAAAGUCACUUCGGUGGCAUGAAAUUAGUGUUUCCCUUAUGGGUAAGGUUAUGACUAGUAGGUUUAGGAUUGAGUCGGGUGUUUACAUGAACCUAGGGUUAGGUUUAAGUUAAGGGUUAUGGCUAUCGUUAGGGUUGAGCCAGGGUGUGGACAUGAAGCUAGGGUUAGUGUUAUGGCUAGGGGUAGGGUUGAGCCGGGGUGUGGACAUGAAGCUAGGGUUAAGGUUGAGCCGGGGUGUGGACAUGAAGGCUAGGGUUAUGGUUAGGGUUGAGCCGGGGUGUGGACAUGAGGUUAGGGUUAGGGUUGAGCCAGGGUGUGGACAUGAAGCUAGGGUUAGAGUUAGGGUUGAGCCAGGGUGUGGACAUGAGGAAAGUGUGGAGAGACAGCAGAAGACAGUGAGCAUGGCUUUCACUGUAAGUCGCUUUGGAUAAAAGCGUCUGCUAAAUGGCAUAUUAUAUUAUUAACCCUAAUUCCCAAUUCAACCCCUAAAUGUGCUAGAAUAAAAGCCUGCACACCCAGUAGCUCUCCAAGAACUGAAUUGUAGAACCCUGGUUGAAUACAGUAUAUCCUCCAUCCUAUUUGCAUUAUGACCACAUACUGUAGGGUGUGCUGGUACCAGUGGAACAUCUUAGGACUUCAAUAUGUUGCCAGUAGUAAGUAGCAGUAAGAAAGUAACUUUGCUUGUUUGUUUUUAUACUCUUAUAAGCACAUAGAGGAUCAGCAAAAGAGAUCACCCCUGCAAAUCUGUGAAGAGAACAAGCAGAACGAAUGGGAGGAGACAGUGAAACUCCUACAGCAAGCCAAUAACAAACCAGUGAGUGUGAAGUCUGUGUGUGUGUGUGUGCAUGUAUGCUACUCCAACAGACAUGUCAAAGACUUGCGAGUGUGUCUUUUAUUACGUUUAGCAAUUGAUGAAACUGUGUGCUUGUUCCGCAGUACGAGAAGGUGCGCAUCUACCGCAUGGAUGGCUCGUACCGCUCGGUGGAGCUGAAGCACGGCAACAACACAUCAGUGCAGCAGAUCAUGGAGGGCAUGCGGCUCUCCAAGGAGACCCAGCAGUACUUCACCAUCUGGAUCUGCUCUGAGAACCUCAGUGAGUCACAAAUACACAGAUCCAAAAUGGCCGCCCAAUAUCUGGUCAUAGGUAUCAUAUUCUUGUAUCUGUAGUAUCCUAUUUCCAUGCUACCUGUGCUCAUUAUACCCUAUGUGUGUGUGUGUCUUGUCUUCUGUCAGACCUGCAGCUGAAGCCCUACCACAAGCCCCUGCAGCACCUGCGUAUCUGGACAGAGAUCGUCACUGACCUUACUGUCCUGGAUCCCCAGAGGGAGAACCCACAGCUCUUCCUCCGUAGAGAUGUCCGUCUGCCCCUCGACAUUGAAAAAAAGGUUUGUAACCAAUUCGAUUUUGAUCAACUUUAUUAUCCCCUUGGGGAAGUUCUUCUUGCAAUUCUUAUUGCAGUGCUGCAUCUGUAAAGCAAGGAUUUGGGAUUUUGAAUAUUGCUUAGAUCAGUGUUUCACAACUCUAGUUAAGGGAGACCCAGAGGGUGUGCAUGCUUUUGUUCCAACCCAGUAAUAAUACACAUUAUUAAACUGAUCAAGUGUUUUGGUGUUUAUUAAUUCAUUCUUUAGUCCAUCCAUGAUUGGCUUGAAUCUUCUCCCCCAGAUUGAGGACCCCCUGUCCAUCCUGAUCCUGUUUGACGAGGCCAGACACUGCCUCCUCAAGGGCUUCUUCCCCUCCCCGGACAGCAAGCUGAUCACCCUGGCCAGCCUGCUGCUGCAGAUCAUUUACGGAAACUAUGAGAGCAAGAAGCACAAGCAGGGCUUCCUUAAGUAAAUAUCUUAAAUUGGUCCCUGAAUUGAAUCAAUCUAGCAUAAUAGUCUUCUUUCAAACUGGGGGAAUCUUGGGAUUAUAUUUGAAGAUAAGGUACAUAAAGAUGUGGUAAUAUGAUAUACCUUUGACAUAACUGUCUGUGUAAAUGUUUUGUUUUCAACAGUGAAGAAAACCUGAAAUCGAUUGUCCCGAUAUCCAAGGUGAAAAGCAAAGCGCAUCAUUGGACAAGCAGGAUUCUACAUGAGUAUAAGGUCAAGUUUAUUUUCAUUAUUUUGUUUUUGUGUAAUAACUUGUAUACAUUUAUAUCUAUGAGGUCAAACUCUUAGCCUUACUUCACCUUAUCCGCCCCACAGAGCCUCAGUAUGAGUGAGGGUGUGAGCAAAGAGAUGCACCACCUCCAGAGGCUCUUCCUGCAGAACUGCUGGGACAUCCCGACCUAUGGUGCCGCCUUCUUCACGGGCCAGGUCUUCACCAAGGCUAGCUCCAGCAACCACAAAGUCAUCCGUGUCUUCGUGGGCGUCAACACCAAGGGCCUGCACCUCAUGAACAUGGAGACAAAGGUGCCCCGGGGCUAUUUGGUUGUUGGGUCCAGAGCCAUAUGUAUACAAAGAGAACCAUGUUUAACCAUGCAGUAUACAGAAUACAGUAGUAUACAAAGAUGAAUGAAACAUACUUCACAUUCUUAUUUACUGGUCACAAAGUAAGCAUGGAUGUAAAUAUCUAAGCAUAGAAAUAAGCCUCAAAAGUAUCCAGCUUUGUAUAUGUUUUAUGUUUUCAUGUAAAUGCCCUCUUUUACUGAUACUGUGCAUAUGUUUUACUGUGUAUUUGUAGAUCCUUCUUAUCAGUCUGGAGUAUGGCUCUUUCAUGUGGCAAUUAGGGCACGCUGAUCAGUACUUCCAGAUUCACAGUCUGGAAAACAAGAUGAACUUCAUUGUGCACACCAAACAGGUAACUAUAGGACCUUUCCCAAGUCAUUCCAAUGCAUUUAACUGUGAUUAUGUUGAAUCAAUGUGUUGUAGCCUGGAAAACAGUGCAGAUUGUAUGACUUGUAAGAAAAUAUUAACCAUAGCAUAUGGCUCUAGCUGAAGAGUUGAAUCUGGGCAAUAUUAUUGCUUGUAUUCAUGGGCUCCUUCUCUUCUUUCCUCAAUAGGCUGGCCUUAUUGUUAAACUGUUAAUGAAGUUGAGUGGACAAAUGACUCCAAAUGACAGAAGUUUAACAGACAAGUAUGCAUAUGGUUGACUCACCUUCAAAGACGAUAUUAUUCCCAUGAACUUUUUUUGUCGGUUGCUUUGCUUUCUUGUAUUGGACCGUUGCUUUUUUGAGAAAAAAGUAUGUUUUCACCAAAUACAUAGUUUUGUAUCACAAUAGAACAGACAUGUUUCACAUUUUGUUUAUUUGAUAUUAAGAUUUCUGUUACAAUUUUACAAAUUAUUACAUGCUCUAAUUUUUAUGGUUGUAAAUAAUGUGUAUAUAAUGGUUC